AUGGAAAUUAGCAUCAACAUUCACCCAGUGGGAAGUACAAAAGAAAACGAAUAUUCUGGAGAUGGUGAGACGGGAAAAGUCCAUUUUAAUGACAGACCAAAAUCACCAUUACUUCAUAAACCAAAGAAACGCCUGGUGAGUCAUGAUGGCGAUGUGGCUGGACCAUCUCCUAAACAUACUCCGUUAGAUGCCAUAAAGAAGAAAGAUACAGACACUGGAAUGAACGGCUCAUCACCUGACCAAAAGAAGCUCCCAGUGAGUCAUGACAGCGAUGUGGGUGGACCAUCUGAACGUAAUCUGUUAGAUGGCAUAAAGAAGAAAGUUGCUGAAGCAAAGUCAUUAUUUGGUGAAAAAAAUCCAGACACCGGAAAGCAGAGCUCAUCAUCUGACCCUAAAACACCGCAGCCCUCGGUGAGGCAUGACAGCAAUGUGGGUGGAACUCCUGAACGUGCCGGUACUCUGUUAGAUGGCAUAAAGAAGAAAGUUCCUGGAGCAGGAUUAUUUUGGGGUGCAAAAAAUCCAGAUGCUGAAAUGAAGAGCUCAUCACCUGACCCUAAGGCACUGAAUACAAAAUCAAGUGAGAAGGAGAAGUCUGACAAAAAGACAUCACAGCAGGAAGCUGUUAAAGAGAGUGACAAUAAAAGUGAAGCACAGAAAACUGCUGAGGAUGAUGCAGCCUCAAAGAGAGCUGCUCGAAAGUUUGAUAGGACAGCUGUUGAUCCAGUGUCCAAGAGGAAGUACAAAUACAACAGUGUGACUGGAGAGACGAUCUGGGCUGAUGAACUUGAAGCAGAAGAUGAGGAUGCCACCUCAAAGAUUAACGCUGGGACUUUUGAUAAGGUGGCUAUUGAUGAAGCAUCUGGGAGGAAGUACAAGUACAACAGUGUUACUGGAGAGUCUGCAUGGGCUGACGAACUUGAUGACGAUGAAACAGAAAAUGCCCAACCUGGUAUAGACAGUAUGACAUCAGUUAAACAUGUGAGCAGCAAGUCUUCCUCACACAGCAAGACUUCAGCCCUUAAUACGUCCGGGAGGAAGUACAAGUACAACAGUGUUACUGGGAAGACUACAUGGGAUGAUGAACCUGACGACGAAACAGAAAAUGCCCAGCCUGGUAUAGACAGUAUGACAUCAGUUAAGCAUGUCAACAGUAACCCUUCCUCGCAUAGCCGGGCUUCAGCCCAUAGUAGUACAAGUAGGACAUCAGCACAGUUUCUGAGUGGACUACCAACUGUGGCUGAGGAAGACCAACCCAGCAGUGUGGACACGGAUGGAAAAGAACAUGCUAAACAAGCUGGAACCUCAGAUCAACAGUAUUUUAUGACUUCAUCAGUGGUGAACAGUGAAGCAGCAGUUGGACAUAAUAGAACGUCUCGCCAUUCCUGGCAUAACCAGAAAAGGGUCAUGACAGGAGCAGGUCAGAUGAUAAAGAGGAGAUCAGGAGAUUUCAAAGAAAGUGAUGCCUCAUCAGAAGAUAGCAGUUCCUCUGACACUUUUGAUAAAGUGGCUGUUGAUCCAGUGUCUGGGAGGAAGUACGAAUACAGCAGUACAAGCAUGAAAACUAGAUGGAUUGACACACCUGAGGAUAAAAUAAAAGAUCGACAAUUCUCAAGAGAAAAGAGUAGAACAGCACCCGUUGAAAAUGUUAGCCCGCAUCAGUCAUCACAGAGCAGGACUGAAGCUAUCUCAGCUCAGAAGGGAGCCUUGGAGCGGCCAUCUGACGAUUCCCACAAAACACAUUCACGACAGUUCUCGUCAAAAAGAAGUAUGGCGUCUUUUGGAAAUGUUAGCCCACGUCAUUCAUCAAAGAGCCAGACUGAAGCUGGAUCAGCUCAGAAGAGAGCCAUGGAGUGGUCAUCUGAUGAUUCCCACAAAACACAAUCACGACAAUCCUCAUCAGCUGGAAGUGUUGGCUCACAUCAUUCCUCACCGAGCAGGGCUGAAGAUAGCUUAGCGUCAAGCAGAGCAAUGGAAAAGAUGCCAAAUGACUCACGAAUGCCUUCACCAGGGAAGGAGAGUGUAACAUCAGUUGAACAUAUAAUCAUCAAGAAUUCCCCUGACAGCAGGAGUGAAGCCAGUUCAGUUCUAAGUCAAUACAGUAAUACAACUCCAAUACAGUUCCAGGAAGCACGCCAGGGCUCACCAACAAGGAGUAGUGUGACGUCCAUUGGGUUUAUAAGCAACCGCCAUGCUUCAGAGUCUUUUGAUAAGAUGGCCACUGACCCAGUUUCAGGUCAAAUGUACAAGUAUAGUACUCGGAGUUUGAGGACUAAAUGGAUGGAAAGUCCAUAUGGUGGCCCAAUCAUAUCUGAUGAUUUUCAGCAGGUUAUUCCAAUAGAGGCUAGUGAUGGAGAAGAAUCAGGUGAAGUGUCAGAAGGAAGUAGAAACUCAGUGCCACUAACCAGUGCAGGAGACAUAUCUGAAACUUCUAUCUCAUCUACCAGUCAAGAGAAGGUGGAUGAAAACAAUACAGAAAAGGAGAAAGAACGGCCCUUGGAAACUACUGCAGAUAAGGAUGAUGAUUCUGGUGCAGAGUUCAAUGAGGAUGAAGAUGAUGAUUCUGAUGAGGCAUCCAAUGAGGGUGAAUCUGAUGAAUCUGGUGAGUCCAAUGAUGAUGAAGAUGGCAAUUCUGAAGAGUCCAGUGAAGAUGAAGUUUCACCAGAAAGGAACGUUAUGACAGCUGUUAAAUAUAUAGGUGAUCAACAUUCUGCACACAGCCUGAUAGCAUCUGUUACAGGAGCAGGUCAGGUGAUGAAGAGGACAUCAGGAGAUUUCAGAGAAGAUGAUGUCUCACCAGAAGACCAUAAUUCUACUGGAACAUUUGAUGAAGUUGCUGCUGAUCCAGUGUCUGUGAGAAAUGACAAAUACAGCAGUACAAUCACAAAAUUGAGCAGGAUCAGCAAUCUGGAGGAUGAAAUAGAAGAUAGACAUUUCUCAGCAGAAAGGGGUAGAGCAGCACCAGUUGAAAAUGUUAGCCCACAUCAGUCAUCAUCGACAAGAGCUGAAGCUAUUUCAGCAGCUCAGAAGAGAGCCAUGGAGCGGUCAUCUGAUUAUUCCCACAAAACACAGUCGCGACAAUUGUCAUUGGAAAGAAGUAGUAUGGCACGUGUUGGAAAUGUAAGCCCACGUCAGUCAUCUCAGAGCAGGGCUGAAGCUAUCUCAGCUGUGAAAAAAAACAUGGAGCAUUCAUCUGAUGAUUCCCAUAAAACACAAUUGGAACAAUUCUCAUCAGGAAGGAAUAACACUGCAUCAUUCCAAAGUCUUAGCCCGCACCAUUCCUCACAGAGCAGGGAUGAAACUGUCUCGGCUCAGAAGAGAGCCAUGGAGCAGUUAUCUGAUGAUUCCCACAAAACACAAUCACGACAAUUCUCGCCAGAAAGAAAUACAGCAUCUGUUGGAAGUGUUAGUCUGCGUCAGUCUUCACAGAGCAGGGCUGAAGCUAUCAUGGCUCAGAAGAGAGCCAUGGAGCAGUCAUAUGAUGAUUCCCACAAAACACAAUCACGACAAUUCUCAUCAGCUGGAAGUAUUAGCCCACAUCAUUCCUCACCGAGCAGGGCUGAAGCUAGCACAGCAGCACAUGUGGCAGCAAGAAAGUUCCAGGGAGACAUGAUGGUUUCGUCACGAAAUGACAGCGUGAGAUCUUCAGUUGAACAUCGUCAUUCCUCACAAAGCAGGGCUGUUGUUCGUUUAGCACCAAGCAGAGCAAUGGAAAGGAUACCAAAUGCCUCACAAGUGCCAUCACCAGGGAAGGAGAGUGUAACAUCAGUUGAACAUAUAAUCAUCAAGAAUUCCCCUGACAGCAGGAGUGAAGCCAGUUCAGUUCCAAGUGAAUCCAGUGAGACACCACCAACAAAGUCACAGAAAGCACGUCAGGGCUCACCAACAAGGAGUAGUGUGAUGUCCAUUGGGUUUAUAAGCAACCGCCAUGCUUCAGAGUCUUUUGAUAAGAUGGCCACUGACCCAGUUUCAGGUCAAAUGUACAAGUAUAGUACUCGGAGUUUGAGGACUAAAUGGAUGGAAAGUCCAUAUGGUGGCCCAAUCAUAUCUGAUGAUUUUAAGAAGGUUAUUCCAAUAGCGGCUAGUGAUGAAGAAGAGUCAGGCGAAGUGUCAGAAGGAAGUAGAAACUCAGUGCCACUAACCAGUGCAGGAGACAUAUCUGAAACUUCUAUCUCAUCUACCAGUCAAGAAAAGGAUGAUGAUUCUGAUGCAGCAUCUGAUAAGGGCAAAGAUGAUGAUUCUGAUAAGGCAUCCAAUGAGGGUGAAUCUGAUGAAUCUAGUGAGUCCAAUGAUGAUGAAGAGAGCGAAUCUGAAGAGUCCAGUGAGGAUGAAACUGAUAAGCGCAAUGAGCAAGAUUCCGGGAGUAAUGCAUACAGAGUCAACUGAAGUAAGCUACUGGUCAUCACACCUAGUAUAUGAGCUUAAAUACGAACUUUAAUCUUCUUAUAUUUGAACCAAAGACCUGAUUAUUGUAUAUAGCUCAGCAGAAUCAACAGACUGUUAUCUGUAUCCAUGCAUGGCAUAUUUUCGCUUCUUUUUAUUGCAAAAUGCAAAGGAUAUUAAUUUGAUUGUUUGGUUAUCCGUCACUCUUUUGUAUAUUUGCAGUAAUUCCAGACCUCCAAAUACUGUUGAUGAAAUUUUGUAUGCAAGAUAGUUUUGUGGAAUCCCCGAUCAAGUUGUAAAUAAGUUUUUUCUCAUUGGUUUACAGUGUGCUUAGUAAACUACACUACAUGUCCAUCUAAAUUAACACAAAUGGAUAAACUCAAGGAUGCCAUGUGAUUUUAGCUGAAUCUCAGCCAAUGAGCAACUUUCCAGUGUACUUUAAGUGUCACCUGUUUCUUCACCAGUCAUUCCAUGUGAAACAGUGACACCAAGAAUUAAAAAACUGAAUAGUCAGUAAGAGGGGAAGAGAAAUUAAUAUGUCAACUUAACUGUAUCUUGUUUCAGUCUGGAUGAAAAGAUGCUCUAGCCUAAUGUUCAAAGGCUGAUUCUGCUGUGUUCAUAGAUUUCAUCUGUAAGGUUUAUCACCAUAAAAGUUUUUAUCCAAAUAUUGAUUUUUGCAAUGUGAAAAAAAAUUCACAGUUGGCAGGAAAUGUUACUCUUUCCAAAGUUUUGAUGUAUCCUAUGUUGAAUUGCCAUUCUUGAAUGAAUGAUUAUGGCUUAAUACCAGUCAUACUUGUUAUGCAAUAAAACUUAUUGGGUUGUGUUGCGGGAGAAAUAGACCAUAUCAGAGCUGUAUAUUUAAUCAUAUAUAUGUAUAUUUGUUUUGUUAGGUUUGAAUACUGCAUAAUAGACUUGUUGACAAUUGAAGUUUUAUCAUUUUUCAUGUUUAUAAUGUAUCAAAAAUAUUUUGUUGUUUUAUGUACAACUGCAGAUGAAUUGUUUGUAUGACCAUGAUAAUUUGUUUCUUUUACAUCAAUGUUAUGUAUAUUUUACGAUUAUACAUGAUGAUUAAUUAUUCUUGGCGUUAAUAUGCAAAUGAAAUUGGCAGUAUUUUUUGCUUAAAUUUGAUUCAUAAAUUGUAAUGUUAUGUUAGAGGACAAUUAUGUGAUACCUUAUGGUUUAUAGUAUUGUUUCUUGUAAUGUAUGUUACAACCGUAAUAUGAAUCUGUGAUCAUUUCCAAUUCAGUGUUUCAUAACUCUUCACAAAUACUAUGGUUAACACUCUUCUUAUCUUCAAAUACAUUGCUUAUUGGUAUGCAUAAAUAACGGGUUUAUGUGAGAGACAAGAAAAAAAAAACACAGCCACUGUGCUCAUUGUCAAAGUUGUUUACUAGCCAGUUUAUGUGAUACCUUAGGAAUGAUGUUGUUGCGUGUUUAGACAGCUUUAUUGUAAUCCAUGUUGUAACAAUAAUUUGAAUCUGUGAUCAGUGUUUAUCCAUUGUAUUCUUUUCUUAUUUCUGAUGUCACACAUAACAUGAUUAAUCUUAUACAUUGUUCAUAUGUAGAUAGUUACAUGAAGCAUUUUUGCAUAUUUUAAAAUAAAGGUUGACUCAGUUC